AUGCGCGCAUGCUCACCAGCGUGUCCUUCUGGCCUGGACGUGGUCCGUGAAGUCUGCGUAGUGGCAGGUGAUGGUGGGGCUGUCCCUUCCCACUGUCCGCGAGGUGCGGGGUGGCAACGCGCGGGGACACAGCGUGGGUAUGGGCCCCCUGCCCACAGCUGGCGCACAGCCAUGAAGGUAGACCUGACCGGGGCACGACCAGUGAACCCUGCAGACCCGGCGUCCUCCGGACCCCGCGAGGGGCCCUGCUGGGCGGGUCCGCGGCCCCGAAUGCGCCUUUCCUCGCCGGGAAUCGGGGAGCGGAGGGCUUCUGGGGGCAGGUGGCCGUGCUCCGACGAGCGCCCCGCCACCCACGAGGGGGCUCUGGGGGCGUCGCCAGCCCUCCCAGCUGGGUCUCCUCAUCCGGAGACACAAACGCCUGCCUCAGGAUUAAAGCGAGGAACUGUAUUUCAGACCGUCUCAGGAGAAGUAGCAGGAGGCUGCCUCACUCCUUUGCCCUUGGUAAGUAACCGCCCAUGGACCUCUGCCUAUCGGAUUCGUUACGCUUACCAAUGUCACAGUCCUGCACCUUUUUCCGCCUUUCUUGACUACAAAGAAAGGGGUCCGGGCUGCUGGAUUCUAGUGGUCCUUUACCAGCAUGACCAACAUUGCCUUUGCGCUCAGGGGCCUGCCAAGGGGAGGACAGGAACGGAUCAUGGUCUCCACAUCUGAUGUCAGCCCACCAAGCUCCUUCCCUUUACCUCACCUGCAGAGAAGCAUACACGUGGGAGGCAAGGAGACAUUCAGAGAUGAGAGCCCUGGUCAGGGAGGCAGAGGACUGCCCGAGCUUGUAAUCCCAACUACUUGGGAGGCUGAGGCAGGAAAAUCGCGAGAAUCUGGGAGACAGAGAUUGCAGUCUGUUGAGAUUGCGCCACUGCACUCCAGCCUGGGCAACAGCAAGACUCCGUCUCAAAAAUAAAAAUAAAUAAAUAAAAUGAUUUGGAAAGGAGACAUUACAGAGACAAAGAUGAGUACUAUAAAAAUUAUGACUUUAUAAUAGCUAGUGUAUAUUAUACACAUAAGAUAUUCUAGGCACUUUGCACACCACCACAUUUCCCUUUUACAGAUAGACUACAAAGAGGUUAAAUAACUUGUCUGAGGUUGAUCACACAGUAAGGUAAGUUCAAAAUUUGAACCCAGCUCUUCAAGACCAGAAUUCACUCACCUAACCACUAAGGAAUGCCGUAAAUAACAGCUUCCGGUGAUCGUUUUGUUGAAUUUCAGCAGCUGAAUCUUCCUCUAAGACAGCAAGUUACGACAUUUUUAUUACAAAUCGCCACUCUAGGUAAAAUGUUUGUCUUGAUUUACCUGAUUUUCAGCUCAUUCCUUGGACUUUUCCUAACACAUCUCAGAUGAAACAACCUGAGUGAGAACAUGUCCUUCCAGAAAGCCUGCGGCACAAAGUGGCUCCCUGGGCGUGGUCCCCCAGAGGCUGUGUGCUUUUUCCUUUUGACAUCUGCAUCUGUGCAUUGGGCUGUAGACAGCAUUGCAAGGCCAACUACAAAAGCAGCAAUGGAGAUGCAGGCUCCUGGAUAGACGUUUAAAAAAAAAAAGACGAGAAGAAAUGUGUUGGCUUGUAGCUGUCAGCUUUAGCAACUGAUUAAAUACUUUGAGUGUGCAAUAAAAUAAACUUAAUCAAAUCUCCUAUGUCAUUGAAAUAUCUGCAGGGCUGACUGCUCUUCCCAUCUGUGGGUUGAGGUGACUUAGGGACAUGGUAAUUGGGCUGUGGUAGAAAAGACUCCUACGUACGCCCAGGAGCAGGGAGCACUGCAGCAAGAGCCUGGGAACUCCGAACAUCUGCUCUUCUUCCCAGCCUCCGCUGGACUCAAUACAUUUAUGAUGUCAACGUCAUGUGAUUUUUCCUGAGGUCUGAGACUAUUUGUGGCAAAAUUUUGCCACCUUGUGACAUCACAAAAUUCAGAUUCUGAGGCGUUUGUUGUUAGGAAUAGAAAAGUACUUUCCGAAACACAUACCUUCUCCUUAUUGGAACAUCCCUUUAUCUACUAAAAUGUACAGAAAACACUAGGACAAAAACUUCCCAAAUGUUUGUGAAUCUCAACUCCUCAGAUGUAGUGUCUGGGCUAGGUAAGUCUUUUUCCAUAGACUGGAAAAAGUAUAAAGCUUCCAUUUUUUGUUUGUAACAAUCCUUCUGCAAGUGAUUAACAAAUGGCCUCGAUGCAAAGAAAGAAAAUCUACCCCUUAACCGCCUUCUGCCUCCAUGAACAGGCCUAGAUGGGAAAUGUGGGUAGUGAGAGGGGACUCUUGAUGUCACAAAAGGGUGCUUGGGAAUGUCCUCAACUCUCUCCCUUCCGUGUCCAUAGAGAAGAGGAGGAGGGUUCUGGACAUAAAGGGUUUGUUAAUUCAUUGCCAUUUGCUCAGCUCCUAACCAGCUAUAAAACUGCAAGAAAGUCACUUUCAAGAAAGUCCUUGGAUCUUUGGUUCCUUAUUUUUAAAAAAGAAGAGGGAAAGAUGAGAUAAUCUCUAGUGAACUUCUGGAAUUACAACACUUUGCCCAUUGGUUCAUGCAAAGAAUGUGUGUGUGUUGGGGGGGGGGGGGGAGAGAGAGAGAGAGAAUGGAAAAGAAGUGGUGUCUGAACUGAAGGAUCUGAUCCUAUGGGGAGAAGCCCAUCCCACCAUCCCACAGGGCUGGCAUAAACACUGAAGGUCAUCUCUGGUUGAAGGCCAACGGCCUCCCUCCUAAGUGUCUACAAUGAGUGAUUAACACAAAAUGACCAUUCUAUUUUGGGCUCCCCCAUCCCAGUUUAUUUUAAAUAUUAAUUUGUUGGGCUAGUAUGGAAAAGCAUUGUUCUAAGAGCCUAACUAUAUUAAAAGCUACACCCAGAUAUAUCAGUUUCCCCUUGUCUCUUCUCAUUCUCUCCUCAUUCUUUCCACCCCAUUCAUACCCAUCCUCUGUAGGUAAAUAAUCUCAUUAAUUUCUGGUUUCUACUUCCUUUGUUUCUUCCGCACAAGAGAGCUGAUACAUGCAUGCUUUCCUACAUCUCCCUUCUUUCUUACGUGAAGGAUAGUAUAUUAUAUUCUUUUCAUUUUGCUUUUUUCAUUUAACAGUGUACCCUGGAAAUCAGUUCAUAUCAGUUUUCAGAGAUUUUCCCCCUUUUUUGGCACAGCAGCAUAAUACUGCAUUGUUCUGUAGUUUUCUCAAUGACUACUUAGAUUGUUUCUAAUAUUUUUCGAUAAACACAAUAUUGCAAUAAAUAAUCUAAUGCACAUAUAUAUAUGUAUAUGAGAGGUAUCCAAAAGUUAAUGGGAAAUAUGUAUUAUGAAAAAGCUAUGCAUGAAUUUUAAGCGUUUUUGCACCAAAAUAAACCUGUACUAACUUUUUAUAACAUGUCUGAACACGUUCAAGUUUGAGGCAUUAAGAAGGAUAAGACAUCAAUUUGAAUAGAGUCCCUGUCAGAGCAACAUGACUUGAAAGCAAGAAGGAAAAAAAAAUGAAGCAAAAACAAACAUCAAAUUUAUGCUGAUGUUUGGCUGCAAGAAUGGUGAAAUCAUUGAUACUUUACAAGACACUUAUAAGGACAGUGCCCUCAAAGGAAUCAGCAGUUAAAAAAUGCAUGUAACCUGUUUUCAGAAGGGACAAGAUUAAUUUGAAUACAAAGCAGUGACAGACCAUCCACAUCAAUUUAUGAGGAAAAAAUUCAUUCUGUUCAUGCCCUAACUGAAGAGGACUGACAACAGCACAAACAAUAGCCAACAUCAUAGACAUCUCAACUGGUUCAGCUUACCCAAUUCUGACUGAAAUUUCAAGUUGAGCAAACUUUCCACUUGAUGAGUGUCAAAACCAUCAUGCCCAGAUCAGCUGCAGACAAGAGCAGAGGUUUCAAUGGAAAUUUUAAACAAGUGGGAUUAAGAUCCUGAAGCAUUUCUUCAAAGAAUUGUAACAGGAGAUAAACCAUGGCUUCACCAGUACAAUACUGAAGACCAAGCACAAUCAAAGCAAUGGCUACCAAGGGGCCAAAGUGGUCCCAUUAAGGCAAAAGUGGACCAGUCAAGAGCAAAGGUUAUGGCAACAGUGUUUUGGGAUGCCAAGACAUUUUGCUCGUUGACUUUCUGGAGGGCCAAAGUGCAGUGAUGUCUGUUUAUUAUGUUUUGAGAAAGUUGGCCAAACCUUUAGUAGAAAAAUGCCCAGGAGAACUUUACCAAAGUGACCUUCGUUCAAUUUCAGAUCACCACAAUAAAGCAAAAAAUUGCAAUUAUAAA